AUGAUGGCCGCGCAGGUGCUCGACAGCAAAGCCGCACUCCGGCAGCGCGGCACGCGGGCCAGCCUGCCCCCCGAAUACGCCGAGGGCGACUACAUCGAGCUCGGCGGCCUCUCGACGCCCCGGACAUCCACCGAGUCGCUCCCGGCCUACGACGAGGCCGUGUCGUCGCAGCCGUUGUCGGCCGCAGCAGCAGCCGCUGGCCUCCGGCCAACGCACACCUACCAGGUCGAGUCCGAGGGCCACCCGCUCCUCGCGCUGCCCCUUGCGCCUCGCCCCUCGCCCAUCGGCGUCUUCGCCGUGCAGCCCGACGGCUCCCUCGGCCCGCUGGCGGUCGCGCAGCUCGUGAGGAGCGAGGCGCUGCGCACGCCGGGGACCUCGGGGGCCACGGCUGGCAACGGCGGCCGCCUGCUCAUGGACCUGGGCGAGUGGGUGGGCGGCAAGACCGAGGCGAGGGCUGCGGAGGUCCUCGUCCUGAGCAGCUGCCUCGUCAUGCUGAAGAAGGAGGUUGAUCGGAGGAGGGCGGCGCAGUUUAUGGUCCUGGCCGGUGCGUCGGGCGGGCCGUGA